AUGCCUCGUCGAGUGUCCGGCUCCCUCCUCAGCAGCUCACCUCCGACCCCCUGGCCGUCCUUUUCGCCGUCUGAAAAGGGCGGCAGCCUCGUCAACAAGACCUCUCAAAAAGCAAACAAAAUCGCACAGUUCUUUUCCACGUCACCAAAGACAAAAGAAGCUCAGUCAGCUGCUGCUGCGCUGUUGGCAGCCAGCAAAGCUCAGGAGCAGGCAUUUCUGGCUUCUGGCUCGCCUCCAAUAAGCACACCCUCGCUUUCGCUCCCUAGCAUCUCCUUGUCAACGGCGCGUGCAGACUCUGCAAAUAUGGACGAACCACCCACCACUCUUUUCCAGCCGCCUUCUCCGGCUGAGACGCGAAAACUGGCUCGACAACACGCCCAGUUCGGGCCGUUGAACUCCCAGUCUCACAGAUACACAAGUCGACACCCAGGGGGCGAGUUUCCUGAACCAAUCAUGGACGAACCUCCCUACUACUAUCUUUUGACGACAUACAUCUCCUAUCUGAUUCUCAUAAUAUUCGGACACGUUAGAGAUUUUUUUGGCAUGAAGCUGAAAGAAGACAAUUAUCGACACCUCAAGGCACGGAAUGGCUAUGCGGCCCUCAACAGUGAUUUUGAUAAUUUCUACGUCCGACGACUGAAAAUGCGCAUCAACGACUGUUUCAACAGACCCACCACCGGAGUUCCCGGGAGAUACGUUAAUUUGCUAGAUCGAACGUCGGAUGAUGGAAACGUCCAUUUUACCUUGACAGGCACCACAACCGAAACUUUGAACAUGAGUUCCUACAACUACCUAGGCUUCGCACAAUCCGAAGGUCCCUGUGCCGAUUUCGUCGAAGACACAAUCAGGAGGUGUGGGCUUUCAACAGCUAGCUCACGAAGCGAGGUGGGUACCUCUGAGCUGGCUAUCGACUGCGAGAAUCUCAUCGCCGAAUUCGUUGGCAAGGAGUCUGCAAUGGUCUUUUCAAUGGGCUUCGGUACCAAUGCUUCCAUUUUCCCUGCCCUGGUUGGGAAAGGUGACUUGAUCAUCUCGGACGAACUCAACCAUGCAUCAAUCCGAUUUGGUUCCAGGCUUUCCGGGGCAAUGAUCGCGUCGUUCAAGCACAACGACAUGAAGGAUCUUGAGGGCAAGCUCCGUGAGGCCAUUUCUCAAGGACAGCCGCGAACACAUCGACCUUGGAAGAAGAUCCUCGUCGUUGUGGAGGGCCUGUAUUCGAUGGAAGGUACAAUGUGCAAUCUUCCAGGUCUCGUCAGGUUAAAGAAGCGAUAUAAGUUCAACCUCUUUGUUGACGAGGCCCAUUCGAUUGGCGCUCUGGGGCCGCGAGGCAGAGGUGUCUGUGACUACUUUGGGAUCCACCCCGCGGAAGUUGACAUUCUGAUGGGUACUUUGACCAAAUCAUUCGGUGCCAAUGGAGGAUAUGUAGCUGGUGACAAAGCUGCCAUUCAGAAGCUGCGACUCUCCAACGCCGGCACCGUCUAUGGCGAGACUCCUGCUCCCGCGGUUCUGGCACAGAUUAUUGCCGCUCUCAAAAUCAUCAACGGCGAGCUCAUGCCGGGCCAAGGUGAGGAGAGAUUGCAGAGGAUCGCAUUCAACUCCCGCUAUCUUCGACUGGGCCUCAAGCGUCUCGGGUUCAUCGUCUACGGUCAUGACGAUUCGCCUAUCAUUCCACUUAUGCUCUACAAUCCAGCCAAGAUGCCCGCCUUCUCUCACGAGAUGCUCAAGCGCAAGAUAUCGGUUGUCGUUGUUGGAUACCCUGCCACACCUCUAAUCUCCUCACGAGCACGGUUUUGCAUCUCGGCUGCACAUAACAAGGACGAUCUCGACCGACUCCUUGCCGCGUGCGACGAGAUUGGCAAUGUCCUCCAGCUCAAGUUUGCGAGCGGCAUCGCUGGCGGUGCUCCUCCUCUUCCGGAAGGCGUUACUUGGGAGAUGGAACAAAGCCGGAAACGUCUGGAAAAGCACGACAAAGUUGCCAAGUCAUUGGUGGUGACACCUCGAUGGAGCUUGGAAGAAAUCAUCAAACGUGGCGUUCAAGAUGUCAAGGUACCGCUGCGGUAA